AUGGAGUUGCUUGGGAGACGCGGCGGCUGCCGCCAGCGAGCGGAGAGGGCCGAGCAGGCCAGGGCCGCAGCGCUGCUGCAGAGUGCUGUGGCAAGUUUCCUGGUCCAGGAAUGGGCGUGGGGCCGCGUGACGCCUCAGCAGUGCCAGAAGAUUGCGACGCUCCUGAGGGCGGACCUGGAGGCGAGCGCGAGUGGCACGUUGGACAUGGGCACGAAUGUGUUCACGGAGGCGCAGUGGAGGGCGCAGGGCAUGGAUGCUUGCAACCCUGUGUUCCAACUACCAGGCGUGUCGAUUUUGACAUGUGCGCCUGACUGGAUGCACGUGAAACACUCGGGGUUGGACAAAAGGCUCCUCUGA